AUAAAUUAUUCUAUUGAAGUCAAUUGUAGCGCGAGGUGUAGUUCACUCGAUGGGUGUAGUGUGCGCAUAUCCGUCGCUGGAAAGUUUAUGUAGAAAAUACGUAAAUUAAAUUUCCUAUAUUCGUGAGUGUUUUAAAAUAAAUUAUUUUUAUCUAAAGAAUAAUGGCGUACCGUUUGUCGGGCUGGUUCCGCAGCUCGCUAAAGAAGCGUCCCGUCCUCACUAACACCGCCGUGUACGCCGCUUUCUACACCGCUGCGGAGUUGUCGCAGCAAACGUUUAAUAAAAUAUAUUCGUCAGAUAAGCCAGAAAUCGACUUCGCAGCGGCGGGUCGUAUAGUGACGGUUGGGAGCUGUCUCUACGCCCCUACACUGUACCAUUGGUACAAGUUCCUGGAUAGAAAAUUCGUUGGCACUACUUUAAAAGUGGUCGCCACCAAAGUUCUGUGCGACCAGCUCAUUAUGACACCGAUUCUCCUGGCAAUAUUUUACACGGGGAUGGGUAUCGUCGAAAGGAGGGAAGACGUUUUCUCAGAACUCAAAGCCAAGUACUGGCGUACGUUUAUCGCUAACCAGGCUUACUGGAUACCAGCGCAGACGGUCAACUUUUUAUUGAUGCCACCAAACCUACGAGUUGUUUACGUCGCUUCCGCCUCAUUCAUAUGGAUCAACGUGCUCUGUUUUAUUAAACGACAAACGACUGACAAGAAAUAAAAUGAGAAACAAUCUGCA